AUGUCCUCUUCCUCCUCGUCUCGCCGCCGUCGGUUAAGCCGCGCCCGCGGGGACCGGCUCGGCCGCAAUCCUCCAACGGCGACGGCGCCGGGCGCGGCGGAGGAGAACAAGGAGGAGGAGACGAGGGACUGGGCGGAGCUGCCGUUGGACGCGAUAUCGUCCAUCCUCCACAAGCUCGACCACGUCGACAUCCUGACGGGGGCCGGCCAGGUGUGCCGCUCCUGGCGCGGCGCCGCCCGCGACGAGCCCGAGCUGUGGCGCCGCAUCGACAUGCUAGGCCACGCCCAACUCCUCAACGAGCUCAACCUCCACGGGAUGGCGCAGGCGGCCGUCCGCCGCAGCGCGGGGAGGUGCGAGGCGUUCUGGGGCGAGUACGCCGGCGACGACGGCUUCCUCCUCUACCUCGGCGACCGGGCACCAUCUCUCAAGAGUCUUCACCUCAUUUCUUGCAAUGGUGUUUCUGAUGAAGGAUUUACAGAGGCAAUACAGAAGUUCCCGUUGCUUGAGGAUCUUGAGCUUUCAUUGUGUCCAUAUGUGGGUGAGAGUGGUGUGUUUGGGGUUGUUGGAAAAGCAUGCCCGCAACUGAAGCGCUUCAGACUGAAUAGGGACGGGUUCUACUAUCUCGACAGUAGAGACUACGACAUGGAUGAGGAAGCCCUGGGGAUUGCAACUAUGCACGGGCUACGCUCUUUGCAGCUGUCUGGCAAUCGCGUCACCAAUAAAGGAUUGGAAGCCAUCCUGGACAAUUGCCGCCACCUGAAGUCCCUUGACAUUCGGCGCUGCUUCAACGUGAAGAUGAACGGCACCUUGCGUGCAAAGUGUGCCAGGAUAAGCUCACUCAGGCUUCCCCAUGAACCCAACUGAUGACUGCACUUCCAGGUUGACAGCCCUGUUUGGGAGGGUUCAGAGUUCUUUUCGGCUGAUUAUACGGGUUCUAGUUCUGAUUGUGAGCUUGGGUCGGAAGAUUACAACGAUUGCUGUGAUCCUUCCCACUACCUUGAUGGUG